AAAGCUUCUUCUUCUUGCUCCGGUUUUCGCUCUGGUUUUCUUCGGUAGAUUUUUUCCCAGAGAAAUUCCGGACGCCGCAGCGGCGGCGGCCGACGCGGCAUAUCCGGCGACCGCCCUCUUCGUGCUGGGUGACUCCUCCGUCAACUGUGGCGACAACACCUUCUUCUACCCCCUCCUACCCCUCAACUUCUCCUCCACCUUCUGCAAUGGUUCCCACCACCGUCUGCUCCCUGAUCUCAUCGGGCUUGCUUUCCCCAACAAAAGGGACUGAUUCGAAGCUUUCCGAUCCGGCUGUUGCAGCCGAGCGGAUGGGGCUGCCGCCGGUCACGCCAUUCUUCGGCCUGAACGGGACGGCAGCGGCGAUGAUGCGCGGCGUCAACUUCGGUUCGACUCCAGCGACGAUCGUCUCCGGCGUCCUCGACGGCUGGCUGCGCGGCUACGACCGCUUCCUCUUCCAGAGCCUCAGCCAGCAGGUCCGCCAGGUGUUCGAGAUCCUCCAGGUCCUCCAGCUCGAGCUUGGCGCCUCCGCCGCCCGCCGCGCCGCCUCAUCCGCCCUCUUCAUCCUCUCCUUCGGCAAGGACGACUAUGCCGCUCUCUUCUCCCGCGGCUCCGAAUCCAACCGCCUCGCCCCCAAGUACGGACGGCGCGGAUUCGCCCGCCUCCUCGUCUCCCGGCUCAUCCAGGCCAUCAGGGAUCUUUACGACGCGGAUGUGAGGAGGGUGGCGGUGAUGGGGGUGGCGCCGCUGGGAUGCGCGCCGCGGAUCGUGUGGGAGGGGGCGUACGGGUUGGGCGGACGGGAUUGCGUCGAGGAGGUGAACGAGAUCGUCGCGGAGUACAACGCGAAGCUCUCCGCGCGGCUUCUGAGGCUGAAUUCGGAGCUGGCCGGCGCCGAGAUUGUGUUCUGUGAUGUAUAUGGCGGGAUGAUGGAGAUCAUCGCCAACCCACGGAUCUAUGGUUUCAAAAAUGUAAGGGAUGCAUGCUGUGGGGUGGGCCGGUUUGGGGGGAUGAUAGGGUGCUUGGCCCAGGAGAUGGCAUGCACAGAGCCCAAUAGUUAUGUGUGGUGGGACCUCUACAGCACCACCGAAUCCGCGAACUCUUUGCUUGCUAACUGGUCAUGGUCGCCGUCUUCUGAAUCUCGCCAGCAACUCUGCAAACCUAUAGCCCUGCAAGAGCUAGCUUCCAUAUCUGAUAGCGAGGCUCUUUAAGGACAGCAGGGGAAUGGGUGCCCUAGGACUUAGAGAGGACAGCGGCAGAUGGUGGCCAGGAUCAGAUCAAUGAUGACAGAUGAUGGGAAGGAUCUAAUCAAUGGCUCCGAUACCAUGAUAACAGAAACAAAACAAAGGAAGAAAGAGAGGAUGAAAUUUCUGUAUAUUGAGUUGUAAGUUUAUGAUAGUAUGUACAACCAUAUAUGAGUACAUUGGUAUAUACAACCUAAUUGUGUAGCUAAUAAAGGAAAAUAUAGCAAAUCUCAGCGAAUAUUGAGUUCA